UAGUCUGAUACAUUUCUGUCGUUAUCAAUACAACUAACCUAGUACAUAAGCAAGAGUACUAUACUAACAUAAAUAAGUUUCCGAGACGGGCUGAUUAAUCCUCCGUCUCUUGCUUCUCCAUGUAUUCUAGACCAUGGCCUUACCUAAUUUGUUUCCGCGCAUAGCUUCGCCCACGCCCACCACGAUGUCCCAUGCCCACCUACCUAGGUAGCUAGUUACCUAGUUAGGCCAAGUUCAUUCACUCUUUGUAUGGCUCAUCCAUUUAUGCGUCCGAGUUUCAGCUAGUGCUGUUGAAAAUGUUGCCAGAUUUAUGUUUUCUCGGACUUCUUUUUGGCUAGGAUAUCUCGAGAUGGUUUGUAUAGGUACCCUAGUGGGAUGGGUAUAAGGAGGAGAGUGGCCCCUUUGUGAUGCGAUUUGGAAUAUUAGGUGAUUCAGACGAUAUAUACUUACAUAUAUCGCACACAUAUACACUCACACACACACUUCCAGCAAAAAUGUCCACCUCACCAAGCCACCCCCACAAAACCAUCGCCUUCUUCGGCGCCUCCACCGGCGUCGGCCUCGCAGCGCUAAAACGCGCACUCGCCGCGGGCCACACUUGCAUCGCGCUGUGCCGGACGCCCUCCAAGCUCCUGGACAAGCUGCCCGCGGCGGACAGGGAGCACCCGAACCUAAAGGUGGUGCAGGGGGACGCGCACGAUUUGGCGGCUGUCACGCGGUGCUGUUUGCAGGCACACGCGCAAGAUGGGGAGGGGAGCGAGGGAGGGGGAAAAGGUAAAAAACCAGUGGAUGUGAUCCUCUCCUCCAUCGGCGGCGUCUUCCAGUUCCCGCGCAUGACGCUGGACGACCCGCACGUCUGCGAACGGGGUAUGGCGACACUUCUCGAGGCUGUCACCUCGGUACGACAACAGCAGCAGCAGGAGCAGGAGGGGGAGGGGGAGGGGGAGUGGACGCCGCGCAUCGUCGUCGUGAGCACGUGCGGCAUGGCGCGGCACCGCGACUACCCGCUCGCGACGUUCCCGAUGUACAAGUUCCUGCUGCGGGUGCCGCACGCGGAUAAGAUUAAGAUGGAGCGCGCGCUCGUGGCGGGUGCUGGCUACACCUACACGAUCGUCAGGCCGAGCCUGCUCGUGGACGCCGCGGCGCCGCAGCGCGAGAUCCGGGUUGGCGUGGACGACGAGCCGGCGGUGGGGUACACCAUCUCGCGGGACGAUGUUGGGGGUUGGAUAUAUGAGAGUGUUUUGGAUAAGGGGGGGUUUGGGAAUAGGAUUGUUACGGUGACUUGGUGAUUGAUAAUACUUUUAAUACUUACCCGGGGAAUUAAUGCAGCACGGGAUCUUACAUGCCUUACCUAACCUAGGGGCUGCUGAGAGAUCUGGGGGCUAUGUUUCGUUUGCAAGCUAACGAACGGAAUUGAUUGGAGGCGCUUUGGAUGUUGGUCCGGUGUAGUUAGUUAUAUUGUCACUUGCUUUUCUUUUUUGUUUUAGAUACCAGUCAGCCGCUCAGCUCUUUACCCAUCGAGUCACCUCACUUCCAGGUUACCUACGAAGUAACCUACCUAAUCUACAUAUGUAACCUAGUUAUGUAUGUAUAUAUAUAUGUAUGUAUAUAUGAAUGCC